AUGGAGGCAACUCAUUCAGAUCACACGCAUACCAACGCAACAAGUCGAACUGCCUCGAUUGGCUCUGGUCCUGGCCAGGUCGACUAUCUCGACCUUCCCGUCCGCGAAUUGAACGAUGGCGCCGACCUUAGCGAAUACACUACCGAGACACGAACUGGGGAGAUCAUCAAACCUAUCAAAUCAAAUGCCACCGGUAAAAUGGAGGAUUGGAAAUUGGUUACAUUCACCAUAGAUGAUCCUGAGAAUCCCAAAAAUUGGUCAAAGGCAUACAAGUGGUAUUGCACCAUGGUUGUUGCCUUUACUUGUUUUGUCGUCGCAUUCGCCAGCAGUGUCAUCACAGCUGAUUUGGAGGGCCCGAUGGAAGAUUUCGGAGUCUCUCGUGAAGUCAGUCUUGUAGUUGUCACUGUAUUUGUUGUUGGUUUUGGUGUCGGUCCCAUGGCCUUUGCCCCAAUGUCCGAAAUGUUCGGACGACGCCCAGUAUAUGCGCUCACCCUUCUCAUUGCCGUUAUUUUCAUCAUCCCAUGUGCUGUCUCGAAGAACAUUGGAACUCUGAUCGUGUGCCGAUUGAUCGAUGGAAUUGCUUUCAGUGCCCCGAUGACGCUAGUCGGCGGUACUUUAGCCGAUCUAUGGAAAAGCGAGGAACGGGGAGUCCCCAUGGCGGCAUUCAGUGCUGCUCCUUUUAUUGGCCCUGCAAUCGGUCCCCUUGCAGGCGGUUUCCUCGGUGACAACUGCGGCUGGCGCUGGCUGUACUGGCUUCAACUAAUUCUGUCCUUCGUUGCUUGGGUUCUCAUUACUUUCACUGUGCCCGAGACCUAUGCUCCUAUUCUUCUCCAAAAGCGGGCCAAGAAGUUGCGAGCAGAGGAAAAUGACCCCAAGUAUACUACCGAGGCUGAGCUCGACCCUCGCCCCAUGGGACAGAAGCUACGCAUCUUCCUUUUCCGACCUUUCCAGCUCCUUUUCCUCGAGCCAAUCGUCUUCUUCAUCGCCCUCUACAUGUCUGUUUUGUAUGGCUUGCUUUAUAUGUUCUUUGUUGCAUACCCGAUUGUCUAUCAAUCAGGCAAGGGCUGGAGCGCUUCCAUGACAGGUCUCAUGUUUAUUCCUUUGGCUAUCGGUGUGCUCAUGAGUGCUGCCUCCAGAAAUAUAAUGGAAAGCCCCCCCGCUGAAAUGCGUCUCAUCCCAAUGAUGUGGUCGUGCUGGCUCAUUCCUGUUGGCCUCUUCAUCUUUGCUUGGACCUCAUACCCUCAAAUCCACUGGUUCGGACCCGCUAUUGGAGGAUGGCCAGUUGGUUUCGGUUUCAUUUUUCUCUAUAACUCUGCCAACAACUACUUGGUCGACACAUAUCAGCAUCAAGCCGCAUCGGCCUUGGCCGCGAAGACAUUUUUGCGAUCCAUGUGGGGUGCCUCCACCGUCCUUUUCACUGAGCAGAUGUAUAAUCGCUUGGGAUACCAAUGGGCAAGCUCUCUUCUCGCAUUUAUUGCUUUGGCUUGCUGUGCAAUCCCAUAUGUCUUCUUCUAUAAAGGAGAGGCUAUUCGUCGUUUCUCGAAGUAUGCCUUUGCCGACGACGAGGAACAAGCUGUCAAGGCUUAA